GAGAGCUUUUAUAUUUUGUUUGGUUCUCCGAUGAAUUCAGGUAGAGAGGUCAGCGAUGGUAGACUCACCGUGGAAGGUUUCUCAGUAGCCGCUCGAGCUUUUGCCGAUAAAUGGAAAAUUCAUAACCAAUCGUUCCCUCCAUGGUCAUGGGUUCCUCUGAUCAAUCGAACUCUACACCUUUCAAAUCAGCAGGAGGAAGGUUACUUGUCGCUAGAGGAAAUCCUCAUUCUCAGCUCACUUGAGGAAAGUCCAGAGGAUGAAUCUUUAAAUGUAGCUACUGACUGCUUGGAAAAAGAAGAAUCAGUUGAUCACACAAUCUUGGUUCAGAACCAAGAAAAUGAAGCACAUUACUAUGAUUUUCAUAUAGUUUACAGUUCAUCAUACAAGGUUCCUGUGUUAUAUUUUCGAGGAUACUGCAGCGGUGGACAACCUCUAUCUUUGGAUGUCAUUAAAAAAGAUCUGCCCUCAUGCUCUGUUAGUCUUUUGCAUGAAUCUAAGUGGACUUUUAUAACACAGGAGGAGCAUCCAUAUUUGAACAGGCCAUGGUUCAAGCUACAUCCCUGUGGGACUGAGGAUUGGAUCAAGCUGCUUUCCCAAAGUAGCAUCUCUACUGGAUGUCAGAUGCCAGUUGACUUGUACUUGGUUUCAUGGUUCUCUGUUGUCGGGCAGGUGGUUGGUCUUAGGAUCCCUCUUGAGAUGCUGAAUUAAUAGCCAUCUUCUGUUAUCAGACUAUAGGAUGUAAUUAGAUGCCAACAGCAAAGACGCUCGUGACUCUGGUUUCCUCUGCUCUGUUGGUUUACAUCUCUACUGCCAUUUAGGCUUUCUGGUAUUGAUACUGAUGAAUCUAUGAGUUGAAAUGAGGAGUCUCUCAGGUUCCCAAGUCCAUGGCUUUAUUUUAAUUAGCCAAUGUAAUUUUUGUCAAUACCUUUCAAUCUUGUCUUUUCUUUGUUUGUCUAGGAGAAUGAAGAAUAGAACAUUAGAUUAAGAGAAUCUGAUGAUGAGCUUUUAUGAACAGAUA